AAAGAAUAUAAAAUGAAGAACAAGGCCAAAAUCACCGCUGGUAUAACCUCCCAUAGGUCUCGACAAAGUAACAGCAGCAGGAACUAUAGCUUCUCUCCUUUUGGGCAUAAAAACGUUAUUGGUACGCUAAAUAACUUCUCUCCAGAAGCCAGGAGGAACAUUUUUCUUAGUCCUGUCAGCCUAAAUUAUGUUCCUUUCAACACAAAUAGCUUCAGUAAGGACCAAUCUCCAUCUCCCAAUAUUUAUUCUCACAAAAAGACCAGGGUUAGUCCUAUCGGUGUCAUUCAAAAAGCAUUGAAGAAGCUAAAGAUGAAACGAAAGGGUAUGGAUCAGCUAUUCUCUCCCUUGAGAACUCUGGAACAAACUGAGUACCAAGAGAUUCAGAAAAUCUUGUCUGGGAAGAUUUCUCAUAGGAAGAAGAUACGUAACUUAAUGAAGAAGUCAAAGGCCUUGCCUUCACCACAAGCCCAAAACCUUACCUUAAGAGAUCAGAAGUACCCAUUGACUAAUCUAAAGAUGUUUAAGACCAAGGUAGCUCAUAAGAAGAAAACCAGAGAGGAAAGCAAGAGCUUUAAGAGCCCCCAACCCAAGAGUCCGAAUCGAUUUGACUUCACAGAUCCUGAUAGAUUUAAGAAAAUAGGGAAAAAGAUGGCUAAACUGUUUAAGAAACAAAAACAUGCUCAAUCGCCGCCUAUUAGAAUGAAUGAAAUAGACAGGGGGAAGAUAAUGUCAGGGCUUUUAAAAAAAAAUACUGAACGAUACAGCAUCAUACAGCGCAAGGGGAUACUGAAAGUUGAUGAGCAACGGAAGCAGAGCGUGCAAAAUAAGCAGCUGAAUCCGGUCAGACCAACUAUUAGUACAGUUACUCCUGAUAAACCGAGGGUUAUGCACAAGUUAUCCAGCUUUUCACGAGCUAAGGAAAUUACAAUCGGAAGGCUAGAGACACGGAGAUAUAAUGAGAUUGAACUUCAAAACAAAUUUUCAAUGAAAAAAUUAAAAAUGCCAAACCAAGAAGUCCCUCCUUCAGAAUCAGUAUCUGAUGUUGAGGAUUAUUGUCUUGACCAAGAGCCAAAAUAUGAUACUUUCAGCAUUGGAUCUAAGAAGAAUGACAGCCCUAAAGAAAAUGUGUCUAGUACAAGUUUGACAGUAAUCAAAACUCGGCGGAAAAAGUCAAGUUUCUCCUUGAACAAGUCUAAGAAACUAGCCAACCAAAUUAUUGAGGAUGACUCUGAAUACCUCCAGAAGUUGACUAAUCAAAGGCAUAAUCUUUAAUUUCAAUUUUUAGACUAAA